AUGAAACGGUUGUUCGGGGCGAAGAAACCGCGCGCGCCGGCGCGGACGCUCGAGGACACGGCGCGGACGCUCGACGAACGCGCGAAGACGAUCGAGGCGAAAAUCGCCGCGCUCGAUCGAGAGCUCGUGAAGCAUCGGGAGCAGAUCAAGCGCGCGCGACCGGGCGCGGGGCAGGACGCGGCGAAACGACGGGCGCUGGUGGUGCUGAAGCAGAAGAAGAUUUAUGAGCAGCAGAGGGAUCAGUUGGGGGGGCAAUUGAUGAACGUGGAGCAGGUGGCGUUCGCGAGCGAAAACGCGGCGAACACCGUGGAGACGGUGCGGGCGAUGCAGAGCGCGUCGAAGGCUUUGAAGACGCAGUUUAAGGCGAAGGAGUUCGAUUUGAACGCGAUCGAUGCGCUGAAUGAUGAUAUGGCGGACUUGCUGGAUCUGGGGGAGGAGAUUCAGGAGACGCUCGGGAGGAGUUAUCACGUUCCGGACGGGUUGGACGAGGAUGAUUUACUCGAGGAGCUCGAUGCGUUGGAGUUGGACAUGUUAGAAGAUGAAUCCGAGCUCACGGAUGGGGUGCCGAGUUACUUGCAGGACGAGCCUUUGCCGGAGGCACCGGAGGAGGAGCCCGUGGUGUUGCCGGCGGCGGGCGCGGGGGAAGCCGCCGCGCCGGACGCCGUUCGCGACGCGGCGUAG